AUGGAGCCGCAUAAUUUGCAGGCGGCAUCUACCUAUAUAAAUAAUGUGCUUCUCGCCCGGGGGCUGCUGAAAAGUGGCAGACCAAUUGAUUUCGCCCAGCCGGAGAAUGAGGAGGGAGGCACUGGGGCUGCUAUGGCGAGAGUCAUCAACCUAGUGAAUGAUUUAGUUUUAAGAAGAGAUCGCGAAGCAGAACACCGAGAGAAUCUAGCGACUACGAUUCGAACAUUGCGGGCGGAGGAUGCUCAAAAGACACUCGAAAUUGAGAAACUCAAGGCAAAGACAUCCGAAUUGGCCCGAUCGGUCGCUUUGGCGGAAGCGCAAGAACGUGCCCAGAAAGCCAAUGCAGCGAGUGCCGAUGCUACAGUAAGACAACUGAAAGACCAAGUGCAACGGAUGAAGACUACGAUUCAACAAGUCCGGGCUCAAUGUGCCAACGACAUCCGCAAGCGUGACCUGGAGAUGCAGAGAUUGAAAUCCCACUUGGCUGAACGUCAGAGAGGAAAACGGGAGGGGCUAGGCGUGACAACCAUCAACAUAAACCCUGCAGUUGAUCGAUCCUCCAAGGCUAAGCUUUUGUCGGGUGGUGAUAAUGUCAAUGACCCAGGCUACAGUCUGAAACAGGAAACGAACGAUUUCCUGACAGAGUUAUGCCAGAACUUGAGCGACGAGAAUGAUAGUCUAAUUAUGCUUGCGCGGAACACUGUCCAGACCCUGAAGGACUUGCAAGGUUUACCCCAAGGCGAGGAGAAUGAAGAGUAUACGAAUGGCGCAAGCGUGGGAACUCAAAAAUUAUCACAAGGACCAGUUACUUCACUUCCGGCGUCUUGCGAAGAGCUGUCCAACCAAAUGGAUAGGGUGCUUGAACACCUGAGAACACUCCUCACUAAUCCCUCUUUUGUACCGCUCGAAGAAGUCGAGGUGCGUGAUGAGGAAAUUGGGAGGCUACGGGAAGGUUGGGAAAAGAUGGAGAGCAGGUGGAAACAGGCUGUUACCAUGAUGGAUGGAUGGCAUAGACGAAUCGCCGAUGGCGGCGGCUCAGUGCAAGCGGAGGAAUUGCGAAUGGGUAUGAGGCUCGACCUUAGCGUAGACUCGGCUCAAGAUCUUGCACCAGUCGACGACGAGGAGACACAGAUACAGUCGCCAAUUUACGAGGAUCAGCAGGCUGAAGAGGAAGAAGAGUCCGCAGCUAAGGCUUCGCAAGAGAGCGUUGAGCUAACUACGGCCUCUGUUGAGACUCAGCUACCUGUACGUGAGGAAAGGUCUCAGAAGAGCUCUGAUCGUGCGCUGAAGGAGCGGAGCGAGAAUGUCCGCCCCGCGCGCUUGCCACGAAAGGUUUCUUUCACACCUGGACUCCAUGGUUCACCUUGUGAACCUAGCGGCGGCGAUGAUACUUUGCCUAUCAAAGCGCAUCAGUCCGAGACAGUUACGCGCAGACCGUCCAGGAGAAAACCAGAGUCCAAGACGGUACGUCAGGUACCCAGUCAGGCUAGCAGACUGCAUGAACCGAAAAAGCCAGGUCCGACUAAGGAGCCGGGCCCCAGUUCACAAACCCGGAUGAGUGUUUCGCAGAAGCUAGCCGCCGCUGAGAGUGAAGCCCGCGCCGCGGAACAAGCCCGCAAAGAGGGCGAGAGCCGUAAGAGAGGCCGCCCAGUGAAGGGUUCUAAAGGGAGCCAAGAUCGGCGAAGAAGCACUCUCACAAAUGACGAGCUGGGCGAGCUGAUGGGGAUGACAUCCCGCAUCCCCAGACACAUUCAAGGCUGGGUAGCCCACAACGCCACCAGCCCCCUAACAUUCACGACCUUCAACCCCAAACCAUUCACAGAAAUCGACAUUGAAAUUGCAGUCUCCCACUGCGGUAUAUGCGGAACAGACAUCCACACCCUCCGCUCAGGCUGGGGCCCCGCAGAUUACCCCUGCGUAGUCGGCCACGAGAUCAUCGGCACCGUGACCCGCAUCGGCUCGGGCGUCCCGACGCUGGCAUCAUCACCAGCCUCCCGGGAGAUCCGCAUUGGAGACCGGGUCGGGAUCGGCGCGCAGAGCAUGUCCUGCCUGAGAGCGGACUGUUCCGACUGUGCAGACGGACAGGAGAACUACUGUCCCCGGAUAACGGGGACAUACAACUCGCGGUACGCCGACAAGAGCAAAGCAUACGGGGGCUUCGCGAUACGCUGGCGCGGGCCGGCGCAUUUCGUGUUCAAGAUACCCGAUUCGCUGCCCUCGGCUGAGGCGGCGCCGUUGCUAUGUGGUGGGGUUACGGUGUUUGCACCGUUGAGGAAGUACGGCGCCGGGCCGGGGAAGUCAAUUGGGAUUGUGGGCAUUGGGGGGCUGGGGCAUUUGGGGAUUUUGUUUGCAAGGGCGCUGGGGUGUGAUCGGGUGGUCGGGAUUUCUCGGACGUCGAGUAAACGGAAAGAUGCAAUUGAGGGGCUUGGGGCCGAUGCGUUCAUUGCUACUGAUGAGGAGAAGAAGUGGGGGAGGACGCAUUCGCGUUCCCUGGAUCUGAUUAUCUGUACUGUUGAUGCGCCAGAUAUGCCUUUGAGUCAGUAUCUCCGGCUGCUGAAGGUGGAUGGCACGUUUGUGCAGGUCGGGGCGCCGGAGAAGCCGCUUCCACAGUUGACGGCUUUCUCUUUGAUCCAGAAGGGGGUGAAGGUUACCGGGUCGAAUAUUGGAUCGCCGGAGGAUAUUCGGCUCAUGCUGCGGUUGGCGGCGGAGAAAAGUGUGUUGCCGUGGAUUCAGAAGAGGCCGAUGGAGGAUGUGAAUGCUGCGUUGGCUGAUAUGGAUGCUGGCAAGGCGCGGUAUCGAUAUGUGUUGGUUAAUGAGACGGAGAAGCAAGCGAAGUUGUAG